CCUUGGCUUGAUUUGGGUGGCUCGAGUACCAGGGCUAGACCAUUACCAGGAGCCUACCACAUUCUACAGCUAUAAUCCUCUGUAAAUCAAAAAUAAAGUUACGUUUUCGAAUUCGAUCCAACAGCGAGGGGAAAGAACGAAAUGGAAGACGAAGCCGAAAUUUACGACGGAAUCAGAGCUCAGUUCCCUCUUGCUUUUGGUAAGCAGCAAAAAUCCCAAACCUCUCUUGAAGCCAUUCACAACGCCACUCGCCGUUCCACCGCCGGAGCCGCUGCCUCCACCGCUAGUACCACCGCUAGUAAUAGUAAUAAUAAAACCAAUGAAGCCCUUCCGUCUCUUUCUUCCUAUUCCAAAGCUUGGCUCGAUUCCCUUCGCAAUUCUAAGUCUCCCAACCCUAACCCUAAUGACUCCGUGAUUGGCCCGCCUCGUCCGCCACCUGGUCCAGUUCCUGAUGAGGAUGACGAAGACGUCAUGGUAGGACCUCCUCCGCCUCCUCCAGGUUCCAGUGAGGAUGACGAUAACGAUGUCAUGAUUGGGCCGCCACGCCCGCCAGUUGGGCCGAGUUCUGACUCGGAGGAGGAUGGGGAGGAGGAGAAUCGUUAUCGAAUUCCAUUAAGCAAUGAGAUUGUUCUCAAAGGGCAUACUAAGAUUGUUUCAGCUCUUGCAAUUGAUCACUCUGGCUCAAGGGUUCUUUCGGGUAGUUUUGACUAUACGGUUCGAAUGUUUGAUUUUCAAGGAAUGAAUUCUCGUUUACAAUCAUUUAGACAGCUUGAACCAUUUGAAGGCCACCAAGUUCGUAAUCUAAGCUGGAGUCCCACAUCAGACCGGUUCUUAUGUGUCACUGGCUCUGCUCAAGCUAAGAUAUAUGAUCGAGAUGGACUUACUUUAGGCGAGUUUGUAAAAGGGGAUAUGUAUAUUCGCGAUCUGAAGAAUACUAAGGGACAUAUAUCGGGGCUGACUUGUGGAGAGUGGCAUCCAAAAACCAAGGAGACAAUUUUGACAUCAUCUGAAGAUGGAUCACUUCGUAUAUGGGAUGUGAAUGACUUCAAAAGUCAAAAGCAGGUUAUCAAACCAAAACUUGCAAGGCCAGGAAGAAUUCCUGUUACAACAUGUGCAUGGGAUCGUGAAGGGAAAUGUAUUGCUGGUGGAAUUGGUGAUGGUUCUAUACAGAUAUGGACCCUCAAGCCUGGAUGGGGAAGCAGACCAGAUAUAUACAUUGAAAAAAGUCAUUCUGAUGAUAUCACUGGGCUUAGGUUUUCUAGUGAUGGGAGAACUUUGUUGUCCAGAAGCUUUGAUGGUUCACUCAAGGUUUGGGAUUUACGCCAAAUUAAAGCCCCUCUCAAGGUGUUUGAUGAUCUCCCAAAUAACUAUGCCCAAACAAAUAUUGCAUUUAGUCCCGAUGAGCAACUCUUUCUAACUGGAACAUCCGUUGAGAAGGAAAGUACCGUUGGAGGUUUGCUGUGUUUUUAUGAUUGUUCAAAACUUGAACUUGUUCAAAGAGUUGGGAUAUCUCCUUCUUGCAGUGUGGUGCAGUGUGCUUGGCACCCAAGAUUAAAUCAGAUAUUUGCUACAUCAGGAGACAAAAGCCAAGGAGGGACUCAUGUACUAUAUGAUCCAACACUUAGUGAGAGAGGAGCUCUUGUUUGUGUUGCACGUGCACCUAGGAAGAAAUCUGUUGAUGAUUUUGAGGCACCGCUUGUGAUUCACAAUCCUCAUGCACUACCAUUAUUUAGAGACCAACCAAGCCGUAAGCGUCAACGGGAGAAGAUACUGAAGGAUCCUGUCAAGUCACAUAAACCUGAACUUCCAAUAACAGGACCAGGACAUGGUGGUAGGGUUGGUUCAACCAAGGGAAGUUUGUUGACCCAGUACCUUCUUAAGCAAGGGGGAAUGAUCAAAGAAACAUGGAUGGAAGAAGAUCCUAGAGAAGCUAUACUUAAGUACGCUGAUGUUGCUGAAAAAGACCCAAAGUUCAUUGCUCCUGCAUAUGCUGAAACCCAGCCAGAACCUGUUUUUGCAAAGUCAGAUUCUGAGGAUGAAGAGAAAUGAUCUGAUUGUGCUGAUAUGUAUGAUCUCUAUGUUACCCAAGUUAAUAUGGCUCCUACGGAACUCAUUGAAUUGAACUGGCUAUCUGGAAGGAUGGAUCCUUGAACUUACUGCCCAUGGUGAAUCAUUGUAAAAGAUUAGGCUACUAUAGCCCUGUUAGCCUUUCAUGGUGAGGAUAGUAUCUUUAAUGAAAUCUACUUUUAGCUUUAAGGGAUAGUGUUAAAUUUUAUUAAUGAUGAUUGGUUUGACCUUCGUGGUCAAAUAGGGUAGGUUAGUUUGCGAAGCUUUGAUGUGUAAGCUGAUAGAAGAACAGAUGAUCCAGUAACAUUUAUAGCUAAAUACAAUGACCAAGAAUAUGAGUUGCUCUA